AUGAUGGACGGCCGCCUGCUGGAGCACCCGCACGCCCAGUUCGGGGGCUCGCUGGGCGGCGUGGUGGGCUUCCCCUACCCGCUGGGCCACCACCACGUGUAUGAGCUGGCGGGCCAUCAGCUGCAGUCGGCCUCGGUGCCCUUCUCCAUCGACGGCCUGCUCAGCAGCUCGUGCGCCGCCGCCGCCGCCGCCUCCGUGGUCAACCCCACGCCGCUGCUGCCCGCCGCCUGCGGGGUCGGCGGCGACAGCCAGCCCUUCAAGCUGUCAGACUCGGGGGACCCGGACAAGGAGAGCCCAGGCUGCAAGCGGCGGCGCACCCGCACCAACUUCACCGGCUGGCAGCUAGAGGAGCUGGAGAAGGCGUUCAACGAGAGCCACUACCCCGACGUGUUCAUGCGCGAGGCGCUGGCGCUGCGCCUGGACCUGGUGGAGUCCCGCGUGCAGGUCUGGUUCCAAAACCGCCGGGCCAAGUGGAGGAAGAAGGAGAACACCAAGAAGGGCCCGGGGCGGCCGGCGCACAACUCGCACCCCACGACGUGCAGCGGCGAGCCCAUGGACCCCGAGGAGAUCGCGCGCAAGGAGCUGGAGAAGAUGGAGAAGAAGAAGCGCAAGCACGAGAAGAAGCUGCUCAAGAGCCAGAGCCGCCACCUGCACUCGCCUGGCGGCCUGUCCCUGCACAGCGCGCCCAGCUCCGACAGCGACAGCGGCGGCGGCGGCCUGUCGCCGGAGCCGCCCGAGCCGCCGCCGCCCGCCGCCGCGGCCAAAGGCCCGAGCGCCGCCGCCGCAGCCUCCGGCCCCGCGCCCGCGCCGCCCGGCGAGACCCCCGCCCCCGGCACCUGCGACCCCGCCUUCUACCCGAGCCAAAGAAGCGGCGCCGGCGCGCGGCCCGGCAGGCCGGCCGACAGAGAGGCGGCGGGGCCAGAGCGCGGCGCGCCCAAGGCCAGCCCGUUCAGCGUGGAGAGCCUGCUGUCCGACUCGCCGCCGCGCCGCAAGGCCGCCGCCGCCGCCGCCGCGGGCCUGGACUUCGCGCCGGGGCUUCCGUGCGCGCCGCGGACCCUUAUCGGCAAGGGCCACUUCCUGCUCUACCCCAUUACGCAGCCACUCGGCUUCCUGGUGCCGCAGGCAGCUCUCAAGGGCGCCGCGGGCGGGGAGCCGGCGCCCCGGGAUGCCGUGCCCGCGCCAGCCGCGCCGCCCGCCGCCGGUGGGGCCUUCCCGGGGCCGGGCGGCGCCCCAGACCCCGCCGCCGCCGCCCCGGGCGCCCCGCGCCCUGCGCCCCUGCGGGAGCCGGCGGGCGCGGCGAGCGAGGGCGGCGGCGGGGACGGCGCGGACGCGGGGGUCGCCUGCCCCGCGCCCCCGCUGCCCCCGCCGCCCGCGCCGUCGCCGGGACCUGGGCCACGAGCGCCCAGCCCCGCCCGGGAGCCGACCCCCGGAGGCGCCCCCGAGCCCCGCGCGCCAGACGGCGAGGAGCUGGACAUGGACUGA